CGCUGCUCCGUGCUCCAGCCUGGCUGGGAGCUCCUCUUCUUCACCUGGGAGCAAAGCGAUUGAAGUCCCUGCUGUGCUGGCUUGGGGACGGUCAGCGGGGCACCGGUGUCCCCAAGCUCAUGCCCGGGGUGGCCGGCGAUGACCGACGCGGUGCUGGGCGGCUCCUCUGACCGGUGGAUGUGCCCCAGUGACAGGACCAUGUCCCUCCGAGCCAGCAGUGAGAAGGAGCAGCUCCCGGCGGGAUGGGCAGCGCAGCCCGAGCGGCAGCGCAAGGGCGAGGAGCUGACGGAUGAGGAGAAGGAAAUCAUCAACCGGGUGAUCGCCCGCGCCGAGAAGAUGGAGGAGAUGGAGCAGGAGCGCAUCGGGCGCCUGAUGACCCGGCUGGAGGACAUGCGCCGCAGCGUGCUGGGGGACGGUGUCAACCGCUGCAUCCUCUGCGGGGAGCAGCUGGGGACGAGGGGCUCCGCCUGUGUCGUCUGCGAGGACUGCAAGAAGAAUGUGUGCACCAAGUGCGGCGUGCAGACCACCAACAACCGGCCCCAGGCCAUCUGGCUCUGCAAGAUCUGCAGCGAGCAGCGGGAGGUGUGGAAACGCUCCGGUGCCUGGUUCUUCAAGGGUUUGCCCAAGCAGAUGCUGCCGCAGCCGAUGCCCAUCAGCAAGAAGGGACCCCAAACCCCGAGCGAGCCCCGCCCGGCCGAGCCGCCUGCCCCGGACCCCAAAAUCCCCUCCCGGCCACCCACCCGAGGCCAGGCGGAUGCCGAGGACACCGAGGAAAUGAAGUUAUUGGCUGGGGUUUUAACGAGGUUUCCUCCUCCUCCUCCUCCCUCGCUGUCAGCCACGCUGGGAGCUCUGGAGUUCAGCCUGCUCUACGACCAGGACAACAGCUCCCUGCACUGCACCCUCAUCAAGGCCAAGGGCUUAAAACCAAUGGAUUCCAAUGGCCUGGCUGAUCCCUACGUGAAGCUGCACCUCCUGCCUGGAGCCAGCAAGUCGAAUAAGCUGCGGACGAAGACGCUGCGCAACACCCGGAACCCCGUGUGGAACGAGACCCUGGUGUACCACGGCAUCACCGAUGAGGACAUGCAGAGGAAAACCCUCAGGAUCUCCGUGUGUGACGAGGACAAAUUCGGCCACAACGAGUUUAUCGGAGAAACCAGAGUUGCCUUGAAAAAACUCAAAGCCAACCAGAAGAAGAACUUCAACAUCUGCCUGGAGAGAGUAAUACCAACGAAGCGCACCGGAACGACCGGCGCAUCCCGCGGGAUGGCUCUGUACGAAGAGGAGGUGGAUCGCGGUGGGGACGUGGAGGAGCGCGGGAAGAUCCUGGUGUCCCUCAUGUACAGCACCCAGCAGGGCGGGCUCAUCGUGGGCAUCGUGCGCUGCGUGCACCUGGCGGCCAUGGAUGCCAACGGAUACUCGGAUCCCUUCGUCAAGCUUUGGCUGAAACCUGACAUGGGCAAAAAGGCCAAGCACAAGACGCAGAUUAAGAAGAAAACGUUGAAUCCUGAGUUUAACGAGGAGUUCUUCUAUGACAUCAAACACAGCGACCUGGCCAAGAAAUCCCUGGACAUUUCCGUCUGGGAUUACGACAUCGGAAAAUCCAACGACUACAUCGGCGGUUGCCAGCUGGGCAUCACGGCCAAGGGCGAGCGCUUGAAACACUGGUACGAGUGUUUGAAGAAUAAGGACAAGAAGAUCGAGCGCUGGCACACCCUGCAGAACGAGAACCACGUCGCCAGCGAUUAAAGGGAGCCCCUGCCCGGCUCUCCCCACCCUCUGCCACGCCCCUCUAGGUCCCUGAUGUCCCUGGUGUCCCGUCUUCCAGCGCAGCCACGCCUUGCUACAGCCUCUGAUCCCAGGGUCCUCCACCUCCCCCGAGCCCCCUCCACCCUCCCUUCCACUGAAAACUCCCCCAGAUCUUUUCUAUUCCCCCUUAUUUAUUUUCAGCUGGGGGAGGGAGGCCGUUGAGUUCCCCUGGUGUGUAAUUUUGGCAAGCAAUAGUUCCCUCCUGACUGUUCCCCUCUCUCUCUCCCUCCCCGGUCCACGUGGCAGCGUCCCCGUCGCGUUUCUGACGCUCUGUGUCCUUCCAGCCUCUGCUCCCGGCAGCUCCGGUGUCUCCCGGCGGGAGAUGGGAGUGCUGGGCUUGGGAGCAUCAGCCUGUCCUGCUUGUGUGAUCUCAAUACCUCAGUUGCAAUAACGAAAAAGCUCCUUGGCUUUGGUGUGGGUGUCACCGUCGCCUGGUGUCCGUGUCGUCGUGGUUAGGCCAAAUCCGGUGUCACCGGCCUCAUCCUGCGAGUCCUGCUUGAGCUUCACCUCCGGUUUGGCCCACCUGAGCAAUGUUGUGGCACAUCCUUUUGCUGAGAAGAUCCACCACCAACACAGUAACAGCGACGAGGAAGGGCUUAGGGAGCUCUGUGCCCGCAGGGAAGCAGGUUUGGGUUGGUUCCCGUCGUUUCCGGCCACCGCGGGCGGUUCCUUCGCCCGAGGAAUUCGGGGGCUCUGCUGCUGUAGGAGCCCGGCUGUGUUUUAGGGUUGUGACUACCUCCUCUUCACCUCUGAGCUGUGUAGUAGCGACUGGCCCAGCCCUGCAGGCGGCCCCUGGGUCCCCUCAGACCCCUCCUGCUUCCAAGGAUUUUCUGUUCCUCAGGAGGGAAGCUGAGGGAGCUGCUACUUCCUCCCAGCCCCCUGAUGUGUGCAAGGAUUAUUGCUUUAAACCACCCCAACUCCUGGAAUUAGCUGGAACGGUCCAAGAUCUUCCAGGCUUGGGUUGUUUUGGUUUGGUUUUCUUUCAUUUUUUUUUCCCCCAAUUUUCUGCACAAGAACCUUUGGCCUCAGCCUGCUCUGAUGGCCUGGACAUCAGGAGAGCACAGGCAGCUGCAGGAACCAUUCCCAGGCUCUGGAACCUCUCUGGAACCAUUCCCAGGCUCUGGAACCUCUCUGGAACCGCUCUGGAACCGUUCCCUGACUCCGGAACCGCUCCAGAACUGCUCUAGAACUGUUCCCUCACUCUGGAACCGCUCCGGAACCACUCUAGAACCGUUCCACGCUCUAGAACCGCUCUAGAACCGUUCCACGAUCUAGAACCGCUCUAGAACCGCUCUAGAACCGUUCCCUGCUCUAGAACCGCUCUAGAACCGCUCUAGAACCGUUCCCCACUCUAGAACCGCUCCGGAACCACUCUGGAACCGUUCCCCACUCCGGAACCACUCUAGAACCGUUCCCUGGCUCCGGAACUGUUCCCUGGCUCCGGAACCGUUCCCUGGAAAACCCCGAGCACAGCCCUGUGGAUAGGAGCACACUGAGCACUAUGGAAUAUACGGAACUUUUUGUCACACCUCGCAUGUUGUGUGAAACCUCCCCUGCCCCCUCUGCUGCAGCUGCUCACUCUUUGAGUUGGAUGAGUUCUGUUUUCCAGACGUUUUCUGCGUUUCCCCUGUCCCCCAGCAGAAACUGAUGUGCCCCGGGUGUCCCCAGCCCUGGGUGACACAAACCCCUCUGUGCUGAGCUGGCCCAGCCUGGCCCUUUCCCUCCUUGGAUCUCCAGGUGAGAAAAGCCAACCCAACCCCUCCCAGAGCUGGGAAUCCUCUUCCAUCACUCCACUGAGCUUGGACAGAGGGAUGGAAUGGAAGAGGAAACCUGGAAUUUUCCCCAUUUUCAUGGAAUUCUUGCCUCUGUGCCAGUCAAGGUGAGAUCCCUGACUCUGGCCAGGACCCAGCCUGGAACAAUCCCGUUCUUUUGGACUGUUUCUCUCUGCAUCCCGUGCUGAUGCCUCCCUGCUCCCAGUGAGCUGUGGGAUCCAGGAUCUCCCUUUUCCUACCUCAAUAACUCUAUAAUAACCCUUAAUAAAUCUAAUAAUAAGAUGUCACUGUCCUUUCCAGAGGGAUGGAUCUGGCCCAAACAUUCUUGUUCAUACCCAGAGCAGCACCUGGGCACAGAGCUGUGCUGGGGAAAUGUGUGGCCGAGGGUAAAAAAAAACCAAAAAACUUUAAAAGUCAUUAUUUAAGCAAUCCUUUAAUUUCUCCCAGUCCUGCAGCAGCCCAGCCUCCUUUGUAUGUGCAGAACAACUCACUUAAGGUUACCCUUAUCCCACCCUGUAUUCCCAUUCCCUGGUCAGCCUGCUUUCUUUGGGAAAAGGAUACUCAGAUCAUCUCUUUGCACCUCCAAAAAUCAAGUGCAACUUGCCAAACUCCUCGGUAUUGUGCAAAACCACGGUCCUGGUCUCUGCCCCCCUCCCCGCCCUCUUCUCAGUUUUUCUGAUGGAUGGUAAUUCCUGCCCUGAAUGACUUCUUUUUGUUGUAAAUAAAGCAUGCACCUAUGGAUUGGGAAUGGUGAAAAACAAACAAAACAAACAAACAUAAAAAAGCAAAAAAAAAAGAAAAUGAAAAGCCUCUUCUACUGCUGUUUGCAUUCAGACUCGCAUGCAGUGAUUUUACAGCCAAAUAUCAGUUUACAACUGUUGAGAGAAAAUGUUACACAGGAAUUAGGAAUCCUCCAGUCUUCCGCUGCAUGCAGCACAACAUCCUCUCUUGAUGUGGUAUCUAAUAAAGUGAGACUAUUGGAAAAAGAAUAAAAA